CCUGUACUCGUAUCGAGCAGAAAGCGCAGCAGUGAUAGGGAUCCGUGUCAGUGUUUUCCCGUUUAUAUAUUGCUGCUGUUCUAAGUACUAGAGAAGUCAGUUACAGCAGUCACGGGAUUAUUUACAGUGACACGGCCAUGCAGCUUUGUUACCUGCCACAUUAGGACUUUUUUCACAAGCUUUGGUUAAGACGGUUGAAGGAAGAGAGGAAUGUAGCUCGUAGGCGGUUAUAGCAGUGCAGUCUUUCAUGACAGCAGAUAUUAGAGGCCUCUCCCUUUUGGAAAUAACAAGAACUGUGGUUGGAUCUAGUUUGCUUUUUCUCCCCCUUUUAUUUUAGUCGCUGACAUUUAUUUUGCGAGGUCUCUUAAAUGGCGUCAGACAGUGACACGGAGGAGUUUUAUGAUGCUGCUGAAGAUGUCAACCUGGUUUCGACCCCUACUGUGUCACCAGCAAAAACUUCAUUGUUCUCAGAAAAGGAAAUUUCAGAUAAUAGUGUACAGGAAGAGGGCUGCAAAUUGGUAUUCCAGGAACACAAAGUUGAGGACUCCAAAAAGAUUAUUGACAGCAUUUUGGAGGAAAGACAGAAGACAAAACAAGUAGAAGACGACAAUUUAACUUCAAACACACAAGAACUGAUUGUUGAACUGAUUUCAAAGCCUUCAUUAACUGAAACGGAUAUUCUUAAUGAUAUAUCUAAAUUAAUAGUUAAUGACACAUUACUCAACAACAAUGUUACAGACUAUCCUGAAAAAGACUGCAGCAAAAGAACUGAGGAAGUACUUACAGAACCUUUGUUUGUACCAGAAGCUAUCCCUGAGCCAAACGAAUGUAAAAAUGCAGAAGCACCAGAUACAAUAAUUACAAGAGACGGUAGUCCAGCAGUUGAAAUAACAGUUCAUGAAACUGAUGAACCAAAAACUGGCAGGGAGGUUAAUGAUUUGAAAGAUGCUGCCAUUUCAGAAACUUUGUCUUCAGAUUGUUUGUUAACCAAAGAUACUAGCGUAAUAGAAUCGAUACCACCUACAAAACCCCCAAGACAACGUCUUGUAGAGCCUGAUAUAGUUACUAGUACAAGGAAACAAGUACCAGCCCGACCACCACCUCCUUUGAAUGUUCCCCCUCCUCGCCCACCUCCACCAGCUCGGCCUGCACCUCCUCCACGGAAAAAGAAAAGUGACCUUGGUCCUGAGUCACAGACAUCCUCAAGCUUGGGAGUUCCAGUAGAUGCCUUUACAUCCAGUGGUCUUGUGUCUCCAAAUCCUGCUGUGGAAGGUACACCAAAAGAAUUUAGUCAUUCGUUAGAUCUGGCAAGUGCAACCAGUGGAGAAAAGAUAGUUACUGCUCAGGAGCAUGAAAAAACAGCGGACGAACAGAGUUCUUCAUUGCUGAUUGAGACAUCUGGACCUCAACGGCCAAGAUCCAACUCAGGACGAGAACUUACUGAUGAGGAAAUUCUUGCAAGUGUGAUGAUCAAAAAUCUUGAUACAGGAGAAGAGAUUCCUCUGAGUCUUGCAGAAGAAAAGCUACCCACAGGCAUUAACCCAUUGACUUUACACAUUAUGAGGAGAACUAAAGAAUAUGUAAGUAGUGAUGCAGCCCAGUCUGACGAUGAGGACAAGAUUCACCCGCACCAUGAUACUGAUGGUGGAAAGUUAAGACAAAGAACUACACAGUUGAAGAAGUUUUUGGGCAAAUCAGUGAAAAAGGCCAAGCAUCUUGCAGAAGAAUAUGGUGAAAAAGCAGUCAAUAAGGUUAAAAGCGUAAGGGAUGAAGUUUUCCACAAUGACAGAGAUGACUCGUCCGUUCCGGACGACGAUGGCAUACCUUACACCAGAGAAACAAAUUUUCCUGACAACCAUGGCAACAAAGGCCCAUUCAACUUUUAUUCCAUUCAGCUUCUCUGAAUUGUUCAGAAGCUUAGCGGUCCUCACAUGGGUGCUGUAUGGACAAUGAAGUUUUCACAUUGUGGGCGAUUACUUGCAACAGGAGGGCAAGAUAAUGUUGUAAGGAUAUGGGUUUUGAGGAAUGCAUUUGACUACUUCAACAACAUGAGAAUAAAAUACAAUACUGAAGGUCGAGUUUCACCAUCACCUUCACAAGAGAGCCUGAAUUCAUCAAAGUCUGACACAGACACUGGGGUAAACACCACAAAUGAUGAAGGAGAUGAUGAUAAAAGUGUUCCAUUUAGACAACAGACAUUUUGUAAAUACAAAGGACAUACAGCAGAUCUUCUUGAUCUUUCCUGGUCCAAAAACUACUUUUUGCUUUCUUCAUCGAUGGAUAAAACAGUCCGGUUGUGGCAUAUAUCAAGGAGAGAAUGCCUAUGUUGUUUUCAGCAUAUCGAUUUUGUUACUGCCAUUGCCUUUCAUCCAAGGGAUGACAGAUAUUUCUUGAGUGGAUCACUGGAUGGGAAACUACGGUUGUGGAACAUUCCAGAUAAGAAAGUAGCAUUAUGGAAUGAAGUAGAUGGACAGACAAAAUUAAUAACUGCAGCAAAUUUUUGCCAAAAUGGAAAAUACGCAGUCAUUGGCACAUAUGAUGGCAGAUGCAUUUUUUAUGACACAGAGCACUUGAAGUACCAUACACAAAUACAUGUUCGAUCCACAAGAGGGCGAAACAAAGUUGGAAGAAAAAUAACUGGCAUUGAACCUUUGCCGGGUGAAAAUAAGAUUUUGGUGACAUCCAAUGAUUCAAGAAUCCGCCUAUAUGACCUCAGAGAUUUGUCAUUAUCUAUGAAGUACAAAGGUUAUGUCAACAGUAGUAGCCAAAUCAAAGCCAGCUUCAGUCAUGACUAUACAUAUAUUGUAAGUGGUUCUGAAGACAAAUAUGUAUACAUCUGGAGUACAUAUCAUGAUGUGAGCAAAUUUACAUCAGUUCGAAGAGAUCGCAAUGACUUCUGGGAAGGUAUUAAAGCUCACAAUGCAGUUGUGACAUCUGCAAUCUUUGCACCAAAUCCAACUCUGAUAACAUCCUUAGAAACACAAGCUGAAAAGCAAGAUGAUGACACCAAAAUAACAGAGUCUUCUGAAUCGGACAAUAUACCCUCUGGUGCCCUAAAGACUGAUCACACAGAAGUGCUUUUAUCUGCAGAUUUCACUGGUGCAAUUAAAGUUUUUAUUAACAAGAAGAAGAACUAACUUUGAAGCAUUGCUCAUGAUUGCCAGACCAAGAGAAACUGCUGUUACUUAAAUAUGUUGUGUUAGGACAUUCAGAAUGUAAUGUAGAAAGCAAGUGUUGCAAGAUAUUUUUAAAAUGAACUUUGGAAAAGUAAUGGUGACUGAAGUCUAAAGGAAUAAGUUUGUAGAAUAGGCCUGAGAAGAAAGCUACAUAGACUAAUUGAAGUCAUAUUUUCAAUUUGUCUUCUACAUCUGUCUUAAGGAAGACAGCUCAUGAAAGGAUACUGUGGUAUUUGCACAUUAUUGUGCAUUUUCUGACUCCAUGUUCUAUUGCAGACUUGCACAGUGUUUGUGAUGUUUGUGAAAAUUGUAAAGAAAACUCACUCUAACUUAAAUCCAGCUGAAUAAGGCCAUAUUAUCUUUGCUUAAUGUAUACCAAAAUUCCAUUUACGUAGUUCACUUCAGACAGGUUAUUUAUGAUCAGUAUGUUCAAAUGUACAAAGAUUAACAGCUAGUAAGGCAAAGUACCAUUUUCUCUUAAACAUGCAAGUUAGGUUUGUGAUAUACCUGUGAAUUUUUAAUUUAAUUUGGCCACUUUUUCCUUAUUUUCAUAUUCAUGUGUUUUUUCUUGUAUGUGCACAAAUUUUCAUAGAAAGUCUCACACACACAAACACACGUGUGUGCGCACAUGGAAAUAACUGUGAGUUUUUCUAGCAUUCCUUGUUCAUGGGCACCAGUCUGUAUUUUGAGUUCAAACUCUGUACUAAAACUAAUGUAAUUCUCUCAUUUUUGCUUUAAUGUAAAAAUGACUUGUGUUUACAAAUUUGACUUAAGUAUUGUUAAUUAAGAAAUGUUAAAAAAUAUUGUUACAAAACAUUGUUUCUGAAAAUUUUUGUACAUAAUAUUCUGUAUCCUUAUGAAGUAACAUUUUGGAGUUUGAAGUGUUACUGAAGGUUCAGAUAGAUUCCAGUAUGCACAGUGCAUAAAUAAAAGAUGUCACAAAAAACUCUGUAUGAAA